AUGCCCGUGGACCUGGCCGUGCAGCUCUGCCUGAGCCACUCACCCCCCAUCCGCAAGCUGCUGAACUCCUAUGAGGAGCUGCGGGGCAACCGGGGGCGCAAACCCCUCCGAUCCUGUCUCAACCAGAAGCUGAGCGCAGAACCCGAACCUGAGCGGCGAGAUAGCACCAAGAGCUCCAAGGGCCAGAAGAAGAAGAGAGUCGUGUUUGCUGACAUGAAGGGGCUCUCGCUGACAGCUGUCCGCUUCUUCUCAAAGAUUGAGGAGGACCUCUGUGACUUGCAGCAUGCCCUGUCUGACCUUGCCUGCUUCCGACCUAGGCUGCGGGACUCACGCCCAGAGGUGUGCAGGUACGUGCUGGACUUCCCACAGCCCUCUGUGGACUACAUGACUUUCCGCAGCCGCCUACACAGCAACCUUGUCUGCCUGGAGAACUGCCUGAUCCAGGACCGUACCCUGUCAGGGACAGUGAAGGUCAGAAACAUCGAGUACGAGAAGAAAGUGAUGGUCCGCAUCACCUUCGAUGGCUGGAAGAGCUUCCGGGACAUUUCCUGCCAGUACAUGCAUAGCACGUACGGCUCAGCCGACACAGACACGUUCUCUUUUGAGCUUGCCCUGCCCAAGCCAUCCGUCUCCCGCAGGGCCACAGAGUUCUGCAUCUCCUUCCAGUGCGGCCAGAAGACCCACUGGGACAACAACCACGGGAGGAACUACAAGAUCUGCCAUGUGGGCGUGACCCGCCCACCCUCCCAUGCCGUGAAGAGUGCCAACGGGGCCUGGGAGCGUCUUGGCACCUCUCGGGCUGCCGCCCUGGUCCUUUCUCACCUGCAGACCUGGCGGCGCUCAGAGAGCCAGGCUCCUUAUUGGUAG